UUCAGGACUUGCUAUAUAGCAGUUUCAAUUUAUCGUUAUUAUAGUUUUUAAUUAUUUUAGUUUUUUUAAUUUAUUUUUCACGUUGUCAAUAGUAUCCCUGUUGCAAAUAAUUUUCUUUGUAUACCAUGACUCUACAAAGAUUAUUAUUUCUUAGAAUUCACUUAAAGAAUGACAACAUAAACAUAAUCGAAGUUGCCUGAAAUGCAAUUACUGCCUUUAAAUACGUGAUUGUUUACGAUUCCGAGAAAGAUCUGUUGAUUGACUCUAGAAUGGAUGAACAAAUUUCUGCAUUUUGUGUGGCAUUGGAACGAGAUGGAACUACUUUUGCUCAAUCGGCUGUCCAAUUUGAUGAAACUGCACAACAUGAUAUUGCAAUAUUUUACUACAAUGAAGCUAUACAAGCAUUAUUUAUGGCCAAAGAAGAAGGUUCGAGAAUUCCAAACAUUGACAGCCGUAUAAAAGAUUAUGCUGAAAGAGUACAUUUCUUGAAAGAAAAAUGUACGAAUGUAAAAUCCACAAAGACAGACAGAAAAACACCAGAACAAUUUGAUGUAGAGAGAGCGGCAUUUCUCGUACAACAAGCCUUUGAAGAAGAUGAAAAGGAAAAUAAAGAAGAAGCAGUAGAAUUGUACACACAAGCUGUGGAAUUGUGUAUUAAAGUUCGUCAAGAAACUAGUGAUGUUCCUUUACAAGACCGAGUUACAAAUCUUGCCAAGCAGGCUUUGAACAGGGCUGAGAUUUUGAAAGGCUGUAAGAAAGAAACACCACAGCAUAUUCCAACAACGCAUAGUACUGGUAAGACUGUUUUGAAAGAUAUACAUACAAGAAAAGUUGUUCCACCUUUGGGUUUUGGGGCUUUCAAAGAUGACAAUGAGAAACGCAAAGCGAAAAGCCCUACUGCUGGACCUUCAAGCCGCAAUAUAUCUGGACCUGGUGUUUACAGUAAAGAGGAAAUCAAUGUAUUGAGGCAUUCUUCUUUCAUUAACAAAAAGGAAUAUGUUCCAUUUAUGUCAGUUGAUAAAUUAGAAAGAUUUGCUUUUCCUCUACCAAUGACUGAUAAGCAUGGCAAACUGACACUAUCUCCAAAACAAUUAGAAAAUUUUGCAAGAUGGGCUCGACCAGAAGAAUUCUGUGAUAAUCCAAAAAUGAUAUAUACCAUUUCUAGUUUUAGUAUCCGUCAGACUAUUGUAUCUGACUGCAGUUUUGUUGCAUCUCUUGCUAUUGCUGCACAAUAUGAAAGACGUUUUGAUAAGAAAUUGAUAACAAGUAUUAUUUACCCUCAGAACAAACUUGGUGAGCCUAUAUAUAAUCCAUGUGGGAAAUACAUGAUCAAAUUGCAUCUCAAUGGGGUGCCAAGGAAGGUGAUCAUAGAUGACUAUUUACCUCUUGGUCGUAAUUCGGAACUACUCUGUUCAUUUUCUAAUAAUCGAAGUGAACUAUGGGUCUCGCUUUUGGAGAAGGCAUACAUGAAAGUGAUGGGUGGCUAUGAUUUUCCAGGAUCAAAUUCGAAUAUCGAUCUCAAUGCACUAACUGGAUGGAUUCCAGAGCGUAUAUCUAUUGUAUCUACUACCUCACCAUUUGAUAAAGAUAACGUAUUUAAGCGCAUUUUUGAGCGGUUUCACAAAGGUGACUGUCUAGUUACAAUGUCUACUGGUGACAUAAAUGAAAGUGAAGCUGAACGUGCUGGUCUUGUUCCUACUCAUGCAUAUGCUAUGUUAGACAUCAAAGACGUUAAAGGUCGAAAAUUAUUCAUGUUAAAAAACCCUUGGAAUCAUCUCAGGUGGAAAGGAAGAUUUUCUGAGCAUGAUACUAAACAUUGGACUCCAGAAAUGCAAAGUAUUUUAAACUACGAUCCUAAAAGUGCCCAGAGCUUUGAUAAUGGAGUAUUUUGGAUAGAUUAUGAAUCUAUUUGCCAUUUUUAUGAAGUAAUCCACAUCAACUGGAACCCAGAAUUAUUCAAGCAUACCACUUGUAUACACAGUGCCUGGCAAGCCAGAGAGGGACCAAAGAAAGACAGCUACAAUAUUAGUUUCAACCCACAGUAUCAUCUUGAAGUUAAAAGUACUCAGCCAUCUACAUUAUGGAUCCUAUUAACUCGGCAUAUUACAGAUAAGGAUGACUUUGCAAACAACCGUGAAUUUAUUACACUAUUAGUAUACAAGAGUGAUGGGAAGAGAGUUUUCUAUCCAUAUGACCCACCACCUUAUAUUGAUGGGGUAAGAAUCAACAGCCCUCACUAUUUAUGUAAGCUGGAUGAGGAACCUGGAGUUAAUUCAUACACUUUGAUUGUUUCACAGUAUGAAAAGAAUAAUUCUAUCUAUUAUACUUUACGUGUUUAUGCUAAUUCUGAGUUCACUCUCACAAGCAUUGUGGACCUCUACAAAAAAGAAUAUGGCAGAAAAGUCACAGGACACUGGACAGGAAUAAGUGCUGGAGGUUGUGCUAAUUAUCCAGAAACGCAUAAAUAUAACCCUAUUUACCAGAUAAAUAUUGACAAUCACCUCAGUGAUAAUAAUAUUUUGAUUGAGUUGAUGGGACCAAAGCAAUAUGCUGUUGGUUUUGAGAUAAUAGCAGUCAGUGAAAAUAUUCCUAAUGCCCCAGGAGCCUUCAAGCGGAAAACGUCUGGCGAUUUUCGGCCUGGAUAUAGUGUACUGCAGCUGGACAACAUCUCUGGGGGAAUAUAUAACCUUAUGCCGUGUACAUUUCAUCCAGGGAAAGAGGGACCAUUCUUUUUAGAAGUUAGCAGUUCCUCUUCUAUUUCAGUUGCAAAACUUCAGUGAAAGAUGAUGCAAUAUCCAGAUUCAUAUCACACAUUGUUUUGACACUGCCAGAUGAAUGUGAAAACCUGAAAAUUGAUAUUUUGACAGCUUAAUUUAAGUUUUUUGCGCUACAAUGUUUACUGUAGGACUAAGAUAUUUAAGUUAAAAUUUCAAAGUUUGUUUAUUUCUUUCAAGAUUUUAAGUGAAGUACAUAUAUCCUAGCAUAAUCUAGUAAUUUAGCUAUCAGAAAAUUUAAAAGAAGCAUCAAUUUUGUUGCACUGGAUAAACAAAGAUUUCAUAUUACAGUUAGAUAUAAGUGUAUUUUCGGGUUUCUUUUUAAUAUUUUGGCUGUGAACAAUGCUAACAAGCAAUUAGCUUUUGGCAGAAAAAUGGGAACUUGUUUUGAAAACUGAAGUUGAAUAUUUUAUGAUUUGUUAUUAUGUAAAGCUUAAAAUUUUAGUCGUAAAACACUUCUAUAUUUGAAAUUUGUUUCUUCUUUUUUUUUCAUUUUACAUUUAAGAGAUUCUCAGUUUGUGGGGUGUUUUUUUUUAUUUUAUUUUUUUUUUUUUUUUUAUAUACAACACAAAACCAAAAAUGUUUGGUUUUGUUUAAAAUAAUUUAGUCUGAAUCUCUUCACCAUUUGACAUUCAAAUUAUGUCAUUAUUUUUGUUAUCGAUUUUAACAUUAAAAGAACAAAACGACCUCUUCAUGCUUUAUGAUUACAGAACUAAAUAAAAUACUAAAAU